AUAUUAAUAUCACAUCUACUGAUAGUAUGCUACUUCAAACUAAUGUCAAUGUAUCACAAUGGACAUACUGUCCAAAGGAUUUUGGUAUCCACACUGUUAGUAUAGCUGCUGUCAAUAGUGUAGGAGAGGGGGAAGUAUUUAAUUACGACUUCAAUGUAACAAAUUCUGUACUUUUAAGUAAUGAACUCAUACAACAAUAUCAUGAUGGUUUACAAAAUUGGAUUAUAGCUAUCAAAAUUGAAUUAUCCUCAUCCAGUUCAUCAUUAUGUAUCAGUCAAGUAUCAUUACAAGAAACUAAUAGUACCGUCAGUUAUAAUACAACUAACAUAACUGUCAUCACUAUGAGUCAACUAAUAGCUACAUUCAAUAUCCCAUCUUCAGUAAUAGAUGACAGAUAUUACAACUUUACUAUAAUACUAUCACAAUAUGGUAGUGAUUUGUACACUACCAACUCUUCCCAUGUAGUUAUUAUUAGAUCUAGCUUCUUUGAUGUUAGUAGCUUUACAGUUCUCUCUACUGACAGCACUAAUACCAGUUUCAUGUGUGAGUUUGUACAUGGGUCACAAGCAAUUGGAUGUUACAUUGUCAUGCAUGAAACAUCAAUUGGACUAUACUACAUAACUACUGCUUUAAGAGAACUCAGAAUAGGAUCAAUCCCAGGGACUGUUGAACCUGGUCAAUACAGUAUCAGUGUCUAUGAUAUCAACAGUGAUGGAUCUGUUCAUUUAUAUUCACCUGCAGCUUCUACUUCAAUCAUUGUUAUUGCAUUGCCUACAAUUGAAUCUACUUUCAGUUCUUCUAGUAUUCCUUUAUUCUCAAUAAGCCAGACAACAACAGUGCGGAAUUUAAAAUCUCCUACUGUUUCUACUGCAUCAACUUUACUUACAAUAACUGGAGGUGUUACACUGGGAUUGUCACUCAUAGUUUGCUUUGCAUCUAUUUUUAUAAAUUUCUCUAUUGUAAUCUGGUGCAGGAAAAAAGGUAACACAAUGAGAACUGAAGAAGAGAGGAAUCCAUCACCACCUGCCCAAUAUGAAAACCUUGAGAUGAUAACUGGUACUAAUGCUAAUGUCAAUAACAUACCAACCAAUGAAUGCUCUGCAUAUGGAGUUGUGAUACAAAGACACUGAAAACC